CCGUCAUUGCGUCCAUCUGUCCAUCUACUCACAGCUUAAGAAAACGGCGCCGCGCAAGGCGAGGAAACGCCGAUCUAUCAGUACUAUCUGUCUCUGGGAGGAGAAGCACAUGAUUGACUAAUCUUCUUACAGGCGGUUGACUGAGAUCGACUGGCAGAAUGCGUUUAAGGCGUCGUCUUUCGCCCCUGAAGCUUGCCAUUGUCGGUGGGACACUUUUUAUGCUCAUUCUAGUGGUGCUCCAGAGAGACGUUAACAGCGGUGCUCUUCAGGACCCCUGGCUGCAAGAUCUCUCCAACAAAAAGGAGAGGGUGUUCGAGAUGGUCCGCGGGGCUGUCAAUAACUUUGCCUUCCAAAUAGGAGCCCCUGUGCGUCCAUCAGUGGAAGUACAACCCACCCCGGACCGAAACUGCCCAUCUGGCUUCUACACUCAGCGGGAGCUUAAACCAUGGAUCGAGAGGCCUCCUGAAAACCCUCAAGCCCCAGGAGCCGAUGGUGUACCUUUCCAGUAUGACCGGAUGACCAAAGAGGAGGAGAAGGAGAAGCAGGAGGGCAUGACCAGACACUGCUUUAACCAAUUCGCCAGUGACCGAAUCUCCUUGCACCGCACUCUUGGAGAUGACACCCGUCCGCCUGAGUGUGUCGAUCGCAAGUUUCGCCGAUGUCCUGCUCUUCCCACCACCAGCGUGAUCAUCGUGUUUCACAAUGAAGCAUGGUCAACACUACUGCGCACUGUGUACAGCGUUCUGCACACCUCCCCAGCGGCCUUUCUCAAAGAAAUCAUAAUGGUGGAUGACGCCAGCACUGCAGAACACCUUCAUGGAAAGCUGGAGGAGUAUGUGAAAGCACUGAAGAUCGUGAAGGUGGUGCGUCAGCCCGAGAGGAAAGGCCUGAUCACAGCGAGGCUUCUUGGAGCAAGUAAAGCUGAAGGAGAAAUUCUCACGUUCCUGGACGCUCACUGUGAGUGUUUCCAUGGCUGGCUCGAGCCUCUUCUUGCUCGAAUUGUUGAAGAGCCCACGGCCGUUGUGAGCCCUGAGAUCACAACCAUCGAUUUAAACACUUUCCAGUUCCACAAACCUGUGGCAACGGCUCGUGCACAUAACAGGGGCAACUUUGACUGGAGUCUUACUUUUGGCUGGGAGGGAAUUCCAGAUUAUGAGAACGCUAAACGCAAGGAUGAGACCUACCCUGUAAAAACUCCAACAUUUGCUGGUGGCUUGUUCUCUAUAUCUAAGGCCUACUUUGAGAAAAUUGGGACGUAUGAUGACAAAAUGGAGAUCUGGGGUGGUGAAAAUGUCGAGAUGUCUUUCAGGGUAUGGCAGUGUGGUGGACAGUUGGAAAUAAUCCCCUGCUCUGUCGUUGGUCAUGUGUUUCGCACCAAGAGUCCUCACACCUUCCCCAAAGGUACAGAGGUCAUUACACGUAACCAGGUGCGCUUGGCGGAGGUGUGGAUGGACGACUACAAGCUGAUUUUCUACAGACGCAGCCAAAGCGCAGCUAAAAUGGCCAAAGAAAAAGGCUUUGGGGAUAUUUCUGACCGUCUGAAACUCCGAGAAGAUUUACAGUGCAAGAACUUUUCCUGGUACCUAUCCAAUGUCUACCCAGAAGCCUUUGUCCCCGAUCUCUCGCCAGUCAAGUUUGGAGCUCUCAAGAAUAGAGGAGCACAACAAUGUCUGGAUGUCGGAGAAAGUAACAAUGGGGGAAAGCCUGUGAUUAUGUAUACAUGUCACAACAUGGGUGGUAAUCAGUAUUUUGAAUACACGUCACAUAAGGAGCUAAGGCAUAACAUAGGAAAGCAGCUGUGUCUGCAAGCGUCUCCUUACCCAGAGCCGGUGAAGAUCGAGCUUUGUACACUGAAGGGCAAAGGCAGUAGUUUGGCUCCUGAACAAGAAUGGCUGAUCACAGAGGAGCAACUCUUGAAAAAUCCGUCCUCUGGAAAAUGCCUCCAUAAGAAGGGAGACAAGAUCUUAAUGAGUCCCUGCAACCCAGACGACCAUCAUCAGCAGUGGGCUUUCAGCUGACCUCACACUCCAGCCCGUGGAGCAAAAGACGUUGACUCUCAUAAGACCCUUAAGGGAGGAUCAGUCGCCAUAGCUCGGGCUGACAGACUCUCUGGAGGCCUGAGCACACGCACUGGGAGAGCGUUGGAUAACUCUGAUCCAUAAGCUCUCAUAAACGUUGUGAUCAGACUGAGGUCAGAUGAGAUGCUCAGGGAAGAACAAGUGGAGCAGAGAGCGAGACUGUUUACUUGAUGCCUUUUAUUGCCUUACUGAUGAUGUUUACUGCUGCUUUUAAAUGGUGUCGGUUUUAUUUAUGUUUUUAAAGAGAAUUCAAUAUUUUUGGAACAAUGGUGAGUGUUAAAGCCAACGAGUGACCGGCCUUGCCAACAAAACAUGUGAUGUUUGUAUGAUUGAACUGGUUUGCGUAUGCUGCAUGGGAUUGGGGUUUCGGUAAAUCUGUCAUUUAAUACGGUAUUUGUUUUAGGCCUUUCUCUUUUGUCUCUGACCUUGAAGCCGUCGGUGCGUUUAAAGCAGUGUCAUGUGACUUGCAUUACUUGAUUGUGGAGGUCUUCUGGGAGAAAUUGUUGUCUUUCAUCUGCUUCCCGUCCACCAUUAUUAUUCUUGAUGAAUUUUGAAUACACAGAUUUAUUCUUCAAAUCUGGAAUAGAUUUCAAAUAUCAUGGAUUUAGUACUGAAAAUGCACACUGCCAGAGCUUGUGUUGGUGCUUGGUUUUUCAAAGCUUGGUUUGGUUGUUUAAAAUAAAAUAAAUUGAAUAAUUAUGGUUACUA